UUUUUUUUUAAUUUCCCACCCCCCCCCCCCCUCCCCUCCCCUCCUCCCCGUCUUCUGUUGUGACCGGGCGGAGGGACCAAGAGGAGAUCAAUGAAGGAAAGAAGAGCGAGCCAGAAGUUAUCGAGCAAGGCUGUGAUGGAUCCCAACCAGAACGUGAAGUGCAAGAUCGUGGUGGUGGGGGACAGCCAGUGCGGGAAGACGGCGCUGCUCCAUGUCUUUGCCAAGGAUUGCUUCCCCGAGAGCUACGUGCCCACCGUGUUCGAGAACUACACGGCCAGCUUCGAGAUCGACACGCAGCGCAUCGAGCUCAGCCUGUGGGACACCUCGGGGUCUCCUUAUUACGACAACGUCCGCCCUCUCUCCUACCCGGACUCGGAUGCUGUCCUGAUCUGCUUUGACAUCAGUCGGCCAGAAACCCUGGACAGUGUCCUAAAAAAGUGGAAAGGGGAAAUCCAGGAGUUCUGCCCCAACACCAAGAUGCUCCUGGUGGGAUGCAAGUCGGAUCUGCGCACCGAUGUCAGCACGCUGGUGGAGCUCUCCAACCACAGGCAGACCCCCGUGUCCUAUGACCAGGGUGCAAAUAUGGCCAAACAGAUUGGAGCAGCCACAUACAUCGAAUGCUCAGCCUUGCAGUCAGAAAACAGUGUCAGAGACAUUUUUCACGUCGCCACCCUGGCGUGUGUGAACAAAACAAACAAAAACGUGAAAAGAAACAAAUCUCAGAGGGCCACAAAGAGAAUUUCACACAUGCCUGGCAGGCCAGAACUGUCCACAGUGGCCACGGACUUGAGAAAGGACAAAGCCAAGAGUUGCACGGUGAUGUGAAGGAGCUGGGAUUCCCUGGAGGAGGAGGA